GGUACAUCUUUGUUCAUACCACAGAUAACCUGGUUGAAAUGAACGCUUGAAAAGCCUUGAUAAGUCAGUCAAGCGACUGAAGCAUUGCCCAAACUAGCGAAGUGCCCAAGCUCGCAAUGUAUUGCAUCUAUCAAGAAGACAUGUGACGAGCAUAGCAUAGCGAACGUUUUGAGCGCAGUGAAGAAGAGCUCUGAGGGAGACACAGAACUACACAGACCAUGGCCCGCAGGGCGCAGGACCCGCCCGGAUUCUGGCGUCGCCUUGCACAAGCUUUAGGAUGUGUUCCCGUAUAUCUACCGCCUGAUGCGGCAGACAAAUUUGACCCUCUGGACACCAAGGACAAAAUGCGUCGGGGGCAGAGCUCCGGGCUGAAGUCUGCAUCCCACAUGACAAGCAGCAAUGGGGCUCUUGGCGGCUCAAAGAGCCACCAAGCGGCUUUGUACCGCAGCAGCGACCGAAACGGGCGACAUGCCGACAUCUCACCUGCGCACUCCGUCACCGGAAGCCACCGCGGCAGCCAUAACAACAGCCCACACGUUCAGGGCCCAACCGCCUACGACGACCCCCACCGAACCAGCGGCGGCAUCAUCGGCGGCGGCGGCUCUGGCCGCGCCUCGCCGCACCACCACCGCGGCAGCUCACCUCUUGGCACGGGCAGCGGGAGAGACGGCGGAACGCACAGCAGCAGUGGCGUGCCCAGCGGGCAGCGGCGCGGCAAGAGCCGCGCGGGCCGGCAAGCGCAGCGCGCCAGCCGGCACCAACGCGGCAGCGGCACCGGCCCCGGAGGCGGCGCCGGAGGCGGAGCCGGAGGCGACACCACCCCUAGCGGCACGGACGCGGAGACCGACGCUGAUGCGGGGUACGCGGCAGCGGGCUCGCCGCACGGUGACCGGAACGGCGGCGGCCCUGGGAUUGCGGCCGGCCCCAGUGGCCGCUCGGCACUGGCGUCGGCGACGACGUCAGGGCGCGGCGCGCGCGUGUCGCUUGGCGGCGGCAUCGUUGGGCUCGACUAUGGCGGCGGCGGCAGCAGCGGUGGCGGUGGUGGCAGCGGCGGCAGCUACCGCACGGAUGGCAGCAGGGCCAGUAGCCAGGAUGGGGUUGGCGGCAGCGGCGGCGGCGAACCACGCAGCAGGGUGUCCCGCGGCGGCGGCUCGCGUGGCGGUUCUCGCGGCGCGUCCGCUGCGGGAUCGCGGCGGGAGCUCAUCCCGCCGCCGCCGCGGGACGCCGCCAGCGGACACGGCAUGGCAGGCUCCAGCGGGCUGCCGAGCGGCUCGUCGCCCAGGCCGCCGCCACUAGUGGUGGAAAGGCGGUCGGAUCCACGGGGCGUGAUUGGCGCCAUUGGCAGCGGCGCCGGCGGGCUCCAUGCCGGCGGCUCGCGGCUGGGGCGUGAGUCGGGGGCGGGCAUCUCGCCGACGGCUACGGGGCCGUCGCCGCGGGUGGUGAUGGCACCCGAGGCCUUGUCUGGGCCCAUCCCGGAGCUGCUAAUCCACAGCCAUGGCGCCGCCGGCGCCGCCGUGGCUGGCGGCGGGGGUAGCGGCGUACACAGCGGCGCGAACGUGGCUUACGUAAGCGACUACUACCCCAGUGACACGGAGCAAGUCAUGGCGGAGGGCAGCUACACGCCAGCGGGGGUGUACGGCGCCGCAGCCGCGGCCGCCGCGGCGGCGGUUGCGGCGCCUGGCGGCGCCGGCAGCAUGCGUUCCGCCAUCCGGGAGGCAGCGUCCGGGGGCUCCUUCGUCGGCGGCACUAGCUCGCCGCGCGCUGGUGGCGGCGCCGCGGGCGCCGCCGGUGGCGUGGUGCCGCAGCUCGGCGGCUCCGUCAGCGUCGGCGGCAACGACAUCGUGCGUGAGCACAUGAAUGCGGCUCUGGCGCGCAUGCGCAUCAACAACAGCCUGCCACGCGGCGCCGCCAGCAAGCCGCCGCCGCUGCACGUGCAGGCCGCCAUGGCGGCGGCCUUUGAAAAGGAGGGCCCCUCCGGCCUCUCCCGCGACGCCUCCGUCACCACGCCCAACGGCGGCAACGGCUUCGCCGGCGCCUCGGCGGUCGUGUCGCCGUCCGGCGGCGGCGCAGCCGCCGCCGCCGCCGUUUCCGGCGCCCCGGGCCGCGGCGGCUCCCCGUUCGGACCGUCCUCCGCCGCCAUGGCCCUCCAAAUGGGCGUGGUGGCAGCGCCCAGCUCGCCCGGGCUGGGCGCCUACGCUUCGGGGACGCAGCUUCAGCAGCACCUCGGAAUGCCGCCCGACAGCCCCGGCACCUCCGCGCCCUCCACGCCCAUCAGCCGCCAGAUCAGCAACAUCGGCGGCGGCGGCGGCUCGGGCCGCUACGACCUGACCCUCGCCGGCCGCCAGGGCUCCUUCGCCGCUGCCGCCACCACGCCGCGCGGCGGCAGCCGCCUCGCCGGCGGCGCCGCGGGGCUGGACCUGCUGCCGACGUCGCGCACGGGCUCCAUGACUGCCGGCGCGGUGCUGCCGCUGAUGAGCACGGUUAUGCUGGCCUCGCGAAAGUUCGCGGCCGGCGCGGCGCGCGCGCGGGAGGGCGGCGUGGCGAGCGGCGAGAUGGGGGUGGCGGGGCGCAUGGGCAGCAUCACAGGCAUGCCGAUGGUGCGGGAGGGCUCGUUCCUGGUCAGCCCGCGGUGAUUCAUCGAGUUGGGGCUGACAUUUGGGGGUUUGAUUUGGGGCAUCGGUUUAGGGACAUGAAUCCCGGGCGAUGCUGCUGCUUCGGGGGCGGGGGCGAGGCGGGGGCGGGGGUGGGGGCGAUGCUGCUGUUGCUUCGGGGGCAGGGGCGAGGCGGCGCUGACGUCGGCGGCAGGGAGCACCCGGGCGUUUCUGUGUGCGGCAGCGGCGACAGCAGCGCUGGCGCUCGGAUGCUGUCCUGGCGUGUGUGUGCUGUGGAGUGGAGACGUAAAACGGAUCUGGUUUGGCCACUUGGCCAACAGGCCGCGCCAGGCAGCCGUUUGCCGGGGUUGUGCGCAGGCACCUGUGCGGUGUGACGUGGCUGACUUGGGAUUGGUGCGGUGCAGUUGGUAGCAUUUACCUGGCGGGCGUGUCCGGACAUUGGGCGUGGGAGGGCGGCGCGCGGGGAGCGCUUCUUGCUGUUUGCCCAAUGCGCCCCGGGACAGCAGGUCGCGAUGUGUAUGAGUUAACUGUGCGGCAGUGCACUGCAUAAAAACCUGAAGUACCGUAAGAUGUGACCAUUUGCGUUGACGCAUGUUGACGGCGCGGGGCGAGACUUUGCUAUUAAAUGUUAAUAUGAACUUUUGAAGGAGUGAGGACUAGGGACUACGUAGUACGGUAUGCGCUGCGACACGUUCAUGUCACAGGGUCUGCGCAGGUUUGUGGUGAUGCGUUGUGGUGAUGCCGUGAUGGCAAAUGCUGGCAGAUUUGUAUGGCAGGGACUCUGACAAGCGGUAAGUAUGAGUCUCAGGGCCGCCGCGCUGCCACAGUGCCCCAGACAUGCACAAGAGGAGUCGAAUGUACGGCUUUCGGGCAUCUUUGAAUCGCGGCGGACGAUGGGAGCUAAGUUGCAUCAUACAUAAGUUUGGGUGCACGGGGUCAGGUGCAGGCUAGGCUGCACUGGCGCCCGUAACCCAUGUGAUGAACGUUGCUGAUGGACGGAUUCGGAAUUAGAUGCUGCCUUCACUCCAUUCGCGGAUUUACCAGGAUUUACCUACGUACGAAGGGUAUGAAUACGCUUGGUAAUUGCCGGCCCCUCCAUGACUUCAUAGGUCAUAGCUGAAAGGGUAGAUGCAGAACCGGUGGGGUUGCAGGUGGUGUGACUGGCAAAUCCAUGGUGGCCGGAAAGUGGUCGUGGCUCCCAUCAGUGUCCUGAGGCCAGGAAAGGGCGGGUGGGAAGCCCUGGGCGGGCAUCCACGACUGCGCCCUUCAUCGUCCGCAUUAUAGAUGAUGCGCGUGGCACGCGUACAGUUUUUGUAACUUCUCUUUAAU